AUUUCUACCAGUAGGUGGCGGAAAUGAACCAUAAACAUUGAAUGUCAUCCUACAACAUCCUGAAAUCCAACGAAGAAGACCAACACCCAGGUUCAGUCAGGAGUUACAAGUAGGCUGUAUAUUUCAGUCACUGGGGUAAACAAGGUUCCAGCUGAGUGCCGUCUGUACAAAUUUACAGGAAAUACCUUGCAGCUGCAGAUUAGCAACAUCAGACUUUACAUAACAUUAAAGCUUUGCCCCGAUGGUGCCAGGAACUAGAAAACUAUAAGGAGGACUGUAGCCAGUACCCUGACUGGGCAGAUAUUUUUAGUUUUCCACUGGAGACAAAUGGUUUUGAGUCAUGGAUCAAGGUGUUGUGGACAGUCCUGUUAUCCUUGUCAUCAAGGCACCCAACCAGAAGUACGAUGACCAGACCAUCAACUGUUACCAGAACUGGACUGUGGAGAAACUCAAAGCACACCUGUCAGAUGUAUACCCAAGCAAACCAAGCUCCAAAGACCAGAGGCUGGUGUAUUCUGGGAAGCUGCUGUUGGAUCACUUUACCUUAAAAGAUGUGCUCAGAAAGCAGGAUGAAUACCAUAUGCUCCAUCUGGUGUGCGCCUCACGAUCCCCUCCCAGCUCCCCGAAGCCCCCCCGCAGCCGCAGUAACAAGCCUCAGGAGAACUCGGCUGGUCCCACGCCCCUUCAAAACUCUAAUAGUCCUUCCACUGGUCAACAUAGCCAGUCAUCUACAGGAGAGAGCAGUGAUGGACUCAGACAGCGAACUGGACCCUUCCCUGACCACCAUAUGUAUUCACAAUUUAUGCACAGCUGGAAUCAGUACUCCACACAGUCAACUCCUCCCACAAACAUGCCUGCGUAUUACAACCCAAUGACACUAAUGUGGUGGCAGCAGUUGUAUGCUCGGCAAUACUACAUGCAUUAUCAGUUACUGGCUGCCUCCUCUCAACACCUCAGGCCAGACCAGCCCUCGACUCAGUCUAACCAGCUCGAUCCUCUGAGCCAGCGCCCUCAGGCGGAUCGCCGUGGCAACCCAGAAGUCCAGAUGAAUGCCCAGGGAGGGGAGAUCCUGAAUGAGGAGGAGCUGAACCGGGAUUGGCUGGACUGGGUGUACACAUUUUCACGUGCUGCGAUCUUACUCAGUGUAGUCUACUUCUACUCCUCCUUCAGCCGCUUUGUUAUGGUGAUGAUGGCCAUGCUAGUGCUUUACCUGCAUCAGGCCGGCUGGUUUCCCUUCAACCUUGAGAAUGAACUCCUACAGCUUCCUGGGGACAGAGCCAAUCAGGAAGACAUGGAAGGAGAGCUACAAAACCACGACUUACAAGAAAUGGAAGGACUAAUGGAUGACGGCUCGGAUGAUGAUGGGGAAGGCGGAGAGGAAGGAGCAGAAGAUCCAAACAGCGCCCCCCACACGGGCUUCCUGUCUUCCACGUGGUCGUUCAUCAUAACCUUCUUCAUGUCACUCAUCCCAGAGGGACCACCAAACGCUGCUAACUGAACCACGAGCCGCAACAGUUCUCCACAGGAGCACAUUCUUUCUUUAAGAGGAGGACGAAUAUCCUACCUGCUUAGGGAAACUGUUUCCGUUGCAAUGCAGUGUUAUAGUUUCCCAGUAGUCUACUUUACUACAUAUCUAAGACUUGAGCCAAAACACACAAAUGACUGUUUUAAUCUGAAAAGAGAAAGAUGGUCACUUCAUAUGGAGUUUUUUAGUUUGUCUGUAAAAAGACAAAAAAUUCAAACUGUCAAAUGACAGGAACAUUAGUUUAACUCCUAAAUACAAGGAUUGCUAGUGAUGCCUUGUAAACAUAGUCAAAAUAAUAAGUGUCUGCCAAUGCAUUGUUUCUGUUAUUUAUAAAAUAGGGACAGCGCAAGAAAAAUAAUACAGCGCUACUUGUGUUUAACAACCUGAAUCUCUUUUUUUUUUUGUAAGAAGCUGCAAAUAGUUUUGUUGUAAUGUUUUUGUAACAGUGGUUGUAUCCAAAUAAGACAUUUUAAAAGGGCCAUUUUAGUCCAAAAGCUGAAUCAUGUAGCGCCUGUGAUAACUUACCUGAGUGAUUUUGGCGUGAGAGUUCAUAAAAUGUGUCUGAACCACAUUGUGUACUGUGUUGAAGUGUAUCCCAGUGUGAUGUUGGCUACGGAUGUGUGAUUUUUACAGAAGUGAAACAAUGUACCACUAAUUCUCUGACAGCCUCAAAGAACUGAGUGAGGUAGAAGAAUUGAAUAUCAAACAGCAUGGCUGUUGUUGGGAUUUCAGUCAUGUGGCAUCGAGUGGUCAAGAGACACUUAAAUAAAUAAAGCACUGCCACAAUUCAGAGUUCAUGUAGGGCAAAACGUACACAUCUUGAGUUUGUGAAAAUGGCUGCUGCUGUUACCUUCUUUAACAUGUUGUGUACCAAUAAUAAUAUUCAUGUUUAUUAAACCGUCAUUCAUGGUAAUGAAUGGUCAUGUGGUUUUA